CGGCCCCAUGGGUGGCUGGGAAGCCCUUCCCGGGCAGCCCGGGCCGGGGAGGCGGUACCGGGCCGGUUCCGCCCCGCUGGGGGCGGGCGGCGAUGGCGGCGGGGCGGGCGCGCACGGUGCUGCUGACCGGCUGCAACCGCGGCAUCGGGCUGGAGCUGGUGAAACAGCUGCUGGCGACACCGCGGCCACCCGCCUGGAUCUUUGCGACAUGUCGGGACCCCGAGGGGCCGCGGGCCCAGGAGCUGAGAGAUCUGGCAUCCAAACACCCAAACCUGGUUCUUGUAAAGCUGGAUAUUUCGAAUCCCUCGGCUAUUACUGAUGCAGCGAAGAUCGUAGAGGGGAAGCUGGACGGCUUGGGCUUGAACCUGCUAAUCAACAAUGCUGCCAUCUACACCCCCACGGCGUCGCUGGCAACAGCAGAUGCUGAAGAUAUGAUAAGUGUGUACAAGACUAACACAGUGGGGCCAAUGCUGAUGGCUCAGGCGUUCCUGCCCCUGUUGAAGAAGGCUGCCAAGGAGAGCACAGAAGAGGGGCUGAGUUGCAGCAGGGCAGCCAUCAUCAACAUCUCCAGCAUCAUGGGGUCCAUCCAGAAAACUCCUGAGUCCUUCUUCAAGCCAGUCAUCUCCUACCGCUGCAGCAAGGCUGCACUCAACAUGCUCACCCAGUGCCAGGCUCUGACCUACAGGGCAGCCGGGAUCCUCUGUGUGGCACUUCACCCCGGCUGGGUGAAAACCGACAUGGGCACCCAGGAGGCUGAGCUGACGGUGGACACAAGCGUGCAGGGGCUGCUGUCUGUACUGCCCAUCCUGUCUGAGAAACACAAUGGGACCCUGCUCAACUGGAAAGGGCAAGCCAUUCCUUGGUAACUGCUUUCUGUCCCUGUGAGGGCACCUCACAGUGCCAGGGGGCUCACCAGGUGCCCCAAAACACCAGGAUGCUCAGCUCUCUGGGGUCUGCAAGGGUCUUAUUUGGGACUCUACUACUGGGUGUGCAGGGCAGCCUGUAAUCUUUGCCUUCACCUUGCUAAUAAAUAAAGUCAAUUAGUACUUGUGCCUUCUCCCAGCUGCAA